CGUCUUUAGGGUAAAUUCCGCAAUCUUACGUAAGAAAUGGUUAAAAUUCUACCUUAAUUAAAAUGUUUUUUUUUUAUAAUCUGUUAAUAAAACGGCCGUUUUUUUCUAUUUUUCCGCUCACAAUUAAAGAGUUUAGUUAAUAAUAACAAUAUUUUAGUUACAUUCUUUAAAAUUUUAUAGGUUAACAAAUUUUUAAAUGAAUAUUUUAUGAUCGUUUCUAAUAAAGGAUCGGGAUCACGUGACUAAGUGACCACGUGACGAAAACGAAUGAUUUUGUAGCACGUGUUGUCUUCAAUAAAGGAAAAAAAAACGCAAAACCCUUGUGGUGACUUGCAUGUAUUUAGUAGCUGAACUAAAGAUGUUUCCGUGGUAACAGGAACUAGUUUUGAAAGCGAUAGAUAUUAACAGUGAAGAUGUAGAACAUAAUUGCUAUCGACAUUUCGCAAAAAAUACUGAUCAAGGAUUGAAUUUAAAAGAAUUCGAAGAGCUGACACGUCAUUUGUUUUGCCGUGAAAAUGGUCAAAGUUAUUCCGUUCUUCCCAGAAUGCUGGCCGACAUGUUUUACGUUUUCGACGCGAAUAAAGACGGAAGAAUCGAUAAAGACGAGUUUAAAUAUGCGUGGAAGAAUUGGAUUAAAGUCAUCUUGAAACCAGUAAGUGCUCUUGUAGUUAUAGACGUCCAAAACGAUUUUAUAAAGGGUAGCCUUUCCAUCAAAAAUUGCCCAGCAAACCAUAACGGGGAGGAUAUCAUCCCCGUCAUCAACCAUCUAAUCGAUAGUAUCGAUUUUAACGUGAUCAUCUAUUCGCUAGAUUGGCAUCCCGAUGAUCACGUGUCUUUCAUAGAAAACAUAAGCAAGAGGAAAGUGGACUGUAGUAGUUUAGUUACAGGUGAGAAAGCCAAAACAUUCGAUACGGUUAUCUUCGAAGGAACUCCAAAAAUCGAGCAGAAACUAUGGCCUAAACAUUGCGUGCAGAAUACAUGGGGUGCCGAAUUCCAUCCGGAUCUUAAAAUCACCGAAAAUGCGGUUAUAGUACAUAAAGGUACCAACUCCAAUAUCGAUAGUUAUUCGGCUUUCUGGGAUAAUCAGAAAUUAUCGUCGACUAAUCUGGAUACAGAAUUGCGUGAAAGAGGUGUUACCGACGUUUUUAUUUGUGGUUUGGCUUACGAUUAUUGCGUUGGAUCCACUACUUUGCAUGCUUUGGAACUUGGUUACCGUACGUUCCUCAUCGACGAUGCUAGCCGUGGUGUAGAUAAUAAAUCCAUUAAAAUCAUGAAAGACAAAAUUAUAGAUAUGAAAGGUAUUAUAAUUAAUUCCGAUCAAGUCAGAAAUUUAAUCGAAGGAAAAGAUCGUAAACCAGAACUUGGAUAUAGAACGGCAAUGUUAUUAGCUAGAAAAUAAACUUCCUUUUCGCUAAUUAAUGAUACACCAUAUAUAAAUAGAUUAGUUACAAAAAUAGACUGGGUUUUGUCCUGGAUAAACACCCAUCAAAAAUGAUUUUGAAUAUUAAAAAAUUUAUAACACAAAAUAUGGAUUUCAACAUGCAUAAAAAUGUAAUAAAUCAAUAUUUACAAAAAGUUCUAGAUAUCCUGAUUAAGGGAUUUCGUUUUGUCUGAAUCAUCCGUUUUGUGCUUAUUGACUCUAUAUAUUGGAAUUCAGUUUUUUUGGAAUCGUAAAACCAUUGUAUCCUUGAACUGUAUCGAUCCGACAUUAACAGUUGUUAUAUUAAUGAAUAUAUGUUGGCAUUUGCAGAAAAAAUAACGUUUAAAAUUUAUAUUAAAGCUAUAUGUAACCAGAAGUAUAGAAUAAUAAUGAAAUAAAAGAUGAUUAGUUUAUAAUUUUUUCGAUUGUAGAUA